AAGAGUUUCAGCAGAUAACACACUGAAAACUCCUUUCUAAAGAAGAGAGAAUAUUAAAAAAAAAAGAGAGAGAGAGAGAAGAAAAAAAAUUGUAUAACACAGAAGCACAACUCACAAAAAUUAUAUUUUUUGUCAUUAAUUUGUUGCUAAAUUUUGAAAUGAGUACUACAAGCAAAGCGCACCACGAUGCAGACGUCAAUGCGAUAAUUUCGGAUGACAAAAAAGAAUUCAUCUUCUAUCCACGCGGACUUAAUAUUGUAUGGGGUAACGACUCACGCUACUGGCGCAUACCUUCUGAGCCUCAGCCCCGCAAUGGAAAGUCUCCUACGGCGGAGCUUAUACAGGUCUCUUGGCUUGAAGUAACUGGGUCUCAAAACCUAGAAACGGGGAAAUAUAAGAUAAAAUUCUAUCUUUCGCUGAAGUCGGAUGCCUUCGGUUGGAAUGGUUGCCAAGUUUACUUAAUGGCAAAGAUUGGUCGACGGGGGAAGUACAAAUGGUCAAAGAUACAGCUCAAAGACCAAAACACUAGUUCUAGUGGAUCAGGAGAGGGCACACCGUUUCCUUCUGAUGAUUUCGAAAUCGAAGUUCCGUCCACGGCUACCGAUGAUGAUAGCAAGAAGCUCUAUUUCGGUCUCUAUGAAGUGUGGAGUGGAAAAUGGAAGGGAGGUCUUCAGAUUCACAAGGCAGUUGUUACAAAAGUAGCUUAAAUUCAAACUGCUAUAUCAACUACUGUUGAUCGAUAUAUCUACAAAAGUUUAAUAUAUAUAUAUAAAUCCAUAAAAUAUCGGUUUGUUGUGUUAUUUAUAGCAAUAAGCAAUGUUUAUAUACCUGCUAAUUAAUAAAUGGGACAUUGUUAGGCCUA